GCGCUGCUCGAGGGCCCUGGCCUGAGAAGGGGCCCACCUGGGGUGAGAUCGCGACCACCCCCUUGGCUGCCGUCCGCCCAGGGCCUUCCGAGCCUGGACCUCCGACGUCAUGAAACCUCAGAACAUACUCGAAAGACACUUGCGGCGGCGGAGGAGGAGGAGGAAGAGGAGGAGGGAGGAGGAGGAGGGAGGGAGGAAGGAGGAGGGAAACGUCAAGGCUGCUUUGAAAGACGCUCGCGAGGUGGGCGCGGAGAGCACGCGCUCGCCCAGGCGCCCGCGACGCGCCCUGCAGAAGCCCGCCCGUGCGAGGAGGCGGCGGGCGCGGCCGAGAGCCUGGGCCCGCGGGAGCGCCGCGGGGGGCCCAAAUCGGGUCGGGCGAAAGGGGAGGAUAGCACAGGGGGGAGGAGAGGGAGAGGAGGAGGGGGAGGAGGUCGGGGCCCUGGGCGCCCAGGGACACCCAGGUCAUACAAGCACGAGCCCGGAGGUGUCCCGGGUGCUCCCUCGGAGCGGUCCGGAGCGCGAAGCGCCGGCGCGCGGGUUCACGCGCCCAGGCCCCCCUCUUUUCCAGGGGCGGGGCGCGCGCGGCCCACGGCCCCGCAGGCUGCACUGCGCGCGCCAGGCGCCCACCCAGGGAGGAGGAGGAGGACGAGGAGGAGGAGGAGGAUGGAGGAGCAGGAGGCCUGUCGUGAACCACCGAGGAGCAGCCAGGCGCUUGGGGCCAGUCUUGACCCGGCCGUGCUCCAGGCGGGGCCGCGCGCGCAGCCUCGACGGGUGCCCGUCGGGUGGGCGAGGCCACAGCUGCGCACUGCCGCCGGAGAAGGAGCGGGAGGAGGGGCAGGACGAGGAGAAGAUAGACAUCAAGGAGCGGAGGGGAGAGGCGCCAUGCAAAGCAACACAUAAUUCAGUACGAACUGUUGGUGCAACAGAAAGAUAUCCAGCACAAGUCAAUGGCCCUUGCAAUCAGAUGCAGCAGAAGGCCCUUUGAAAUUAGACAGCAAAGUUAUAAAGGCAGAGCUCAACAGACAUGGCCUCUGCAACGCGAGGACGUCGUGCGCGCUUGCUUCAAAGUGUGCCACGCAUUGGUCGGCGCUCGAGUACGUCACACGUCGCCUCUGCCUGAAACCGAAUGGCCCUGAACCCCGCCAAGGCGCAUCUCGUAUACCCUCUGUCGCCCACCCCGUCCGAUGACUCCGCCAGAAGGAGGCUCUGGGCUUGGGCAAUGACCCUUAGCGGCGCAAGCCGAUCAAGCCCAACGUCAGGAGCAACGGAGUGUGAGAGAACCGCUCCCCAUCCCAAAGCCCGAGAGCUAAUAGUGGAGAGGAGUAAGAGUCGAGAGACACCACAGUGGCGAUUGUUCCUGUCGCCAGAGGUCUAGGUGUUAAUGAUCAUCAUGCGAAAUGGGAGGGAACGAGUUCGGCGCACGGCCGGUCUCGCCGCUGCGCCGAGGAAGCGUGCAACCAGUUAUACGUCUCCGGUGAUGCCGCGCGGGCUGCGUAUGAGCCCGGGGCAAACCUUCAGGCCCAGGAGCCGAGCCCUCGCCUCACAACCCCCCGGACGCCCGCUGACCCUGCCGUGGGUCGAGCGGCGGCGGCGGCCUCUGGGGCGCCAGAAGCUCCAAAAGGCACCUCUCGUGCAUCUCCACGGUCACGAGACCGAUUUCAGACCUCC